CGAGCAGUGAAAAUGACGAAUACAUUUUCCUCACGGCACUCACCACCGCCAACGACUGCUGCGUCACGCAGCCCAACUUUGUUGCAUACAUGGAUGCCCUGUCCAAUGACAGCCUCGGCCUCCUCGUCUUCCUGCUACUCUUUUCCGUUACCACAGUGUUCGGCAAUACUCUUGUGAUCCUGGCUGUGGUGCGGGAACGCUACCUUCACACAGCAACAAAUUACUUCGUUACCAGUUUAGCUGUGGCAGACUGCCUCGUGGGUCUGGUGGUGAUGCCCUUUUCAGCACUGUACGAAGUUCUGGAGAACACAUGGUUCUUCGGUACAGACUGGUGUGACAUUUGGCGAUCGCUCGAUGUCCUGUUCAGCACAGCCUCCAUCCUCAAUUUGUGCGUCAUCAGCCUAGACCGGUACUGGGCUAUAACAGACCCCUUCACGUACCCCAUGCGAAUGAGUCGCCGCCGUGCUGCUGCCCUCAUUGCCGUUGUGUGGGUCUGUUCGUGCGCAAUCAGCUUCCCAGCUAUCCUGUGGUGGCGUGCCGCCCGUGAGGGUGACAUGCCCCCCUAUAAGUGUACCUUCACUGAACACCUCGGCUACCUCGUCUUCUCAUCUACAAUCUCAUUCUACCUGCCCCUACUUGUGAUGGUUUUCACCUAUUGCCGCAUCUAUCGUGCUGCUGUGGUGCAAACGCGCUCUCUCAAGCUCGGUACAAAACAGGUGCUAAUGGCCUCCGGGAAGCUACAGCUCACACUCCGGAUCCAUCGAGGCGGUACAACACGCGAGGGCCUCAAUAUGCACGCCGCCUCCACAGCCACAUCCACACCCGAGGACCCCGAGGAUGAACCACUAUCAGCCCUCCACAAUAAUGGCAUCGCCCGCCAUCGGCAGAUGGGCAAGAAUUUUUCACUUUCGCGCAAGUUGGCAAAAUUUGCAAAGGAGAAAAAGGCCGCUAAAACACUGGGCAUCGUAAUGGGUGUCUUCAUUGUGUGCUGGCUACCCUUCUUCGUUGUCAAUCUCCUCUCAGGCUUCUGUAUACACUGUAUAGCACACGAGGAGAUCGUAUCGGCUGUCGUUACAUGGCUCGGCUGGAUCAAUUCCAGCAUGAAUCCCGUCAUCUAUGCAUGCUGGAGUCGUGAUUUCAGAAGAGCAUUCCUUCGGAUACUGUGUGUGUGUUGCCCACGAAAACUUCGGCGGAAAUACCAACCGAAAAUGAAAUCAAAAUCUCUGAGAACCACAACACGUCGAUGUUACUCAUCUUGUUCCUUACAUGGCAUACAGCAUGUCCGUCAGAACUCUUGCGAACAGACGUACAUAUAGUUUAAGUCCCUUGAUACACCGUUUACCUCUUCACAACAAAAAGUAUUUUUCUCUGUUUUAUAUCAAUGAAUAGUUAACUGUACCGAAACCGACUAUCAUU